AUGUUUGACACUCUCUUUAUUACUAUUAUUAUAUGUAUUGUACAUAUUAUUCUUGGUCAAAGUGAUAUUCAAUACUUAAUUUUUGAAGGUGGUGGACCUGAUGAAGGUCCCGGUCCUAAUCAAACUCUUAAUAUUGCUUCAUUAAAACGUACAUUUGGUGAAAUUAAUCCUACUGCUCAACGUAUGUAUGCAUAUGGCAAACAACAAAUGCGAUUUCUUACUCGAUCAAAUGCUUUUGUUCGUUCAGAAAUGGAAACAGCAUUUACUCUAGCUGAAAAUACGAAUACACCUCUUUUUAUUCAUAUAGAUCCAAUAUAUGGUUGGGGUGCUGAUGAAGAAAAUUCAACUGCUGAUGCACCUACAAUUAAAUAUUGGAAUAAUGGAACAAUGCGAGAAUGGAUUGAGUUUCCUUUGAAUAAAAAUCAAUUACCAAAUCGUAUUCCUCGAACGUGGUUUAAUUGGGGUUCUUGGUGUUCACCCUCUUCUGCAUUUCCUGCAAUUGGUGCACCGAAUUUUAUUAAUUUCUCAGCAAUACAAUUCAACGAAAGUAUUGCUAAACCUCUUGCACAAUGGAUAAUAAAACUAAAUAAACAAAACAAAUUUUAUCUAUUUGCUGGUAUUAAUAUCGGUUGGGAAACAAAUAUACUUAAUUAUCGACAAAUUGAUCCAACUCAUUUACCAACAGCUGUAUGGCCAGUAAAUUCAAGAAAUAUAACAAUGCAACAAUGGGAAGCAGGUGCUCAACUUGGUUAUGCUUCACUCUAUUGGCAAGGAUGGACUGAAGAAAAAUUAAUUAUCGAAGCUCAACAUCGAAAUAUAACUCGUGAUGUUCUCUUUAAUUUACUCUGUUAUGAAAUUAUUCAUAAUUAUUUAGAAGUUUUAGCUAAAGUCUGUCAUGAUAAUAACAUUCCAAGAGAACGAAUUUUUACUCAUAUUGUUCCUAUGGCUUCAGUUGAUGCUUCACGUAUAGAUACAACUGUUCCACCUAUAUGGACUGCUGUUAAUUCUUAUUCAAUUCCUGGAUUUACAAUGGAUAAUCGAGGAGCAGCAAUAUAUAAUCUAACGGAACUUAAAUAUCAAAUUACUAUUGUUGAUCCUUCUCAAUCACAUUUUGCUGUUAGUGAAUCCUAUCUUUUUAAUUAUGGCGAUGAAGAAAGUAUGCGUGACAAUUUAAACGAAGCUUUUAUUAAUGGUGGUUUAAUUAAAGCAAUAUAUGGUGCAUUACCAUUCUCAAGUGAAGAUCCUCAACCAGCAGGAGCUAUUAAAGCUAUACAACAAUGGCUCAAUACCAAUCAUACAUUGAUUUUAAAAUGA